UUUUUUUAGACAAAAUAGUAGUUUGCUGUGGACAUUAGACGUGCGGAUCUAACUUACGCGGGCCAAGAAACCUACAGUACGCUUUCGGCCGCGGCCCGCAAGCCCACCUAGUGCCUAAAGCUGAGCGGCGACGGCGUGUCAGCCAUCUUGAAAUAACCGCCACAACCAACAGCUUCCUUUCGCUUCUCAUCUUCUCCUCCUCGCCGGAGCCCCAAGAAACCUCUCUCCACCGCGCAGCGCCCACCGUCUCUGCUCUCCAGCGGCGCCCGCGGCAGAUGGAGCAUCUCCAGGACGGCCACUACGUGCGGCUGCGGAGCCGCGUGCACGGCACGUACCUGCACGCCGACGAGGACGGGCAUGGCGUCUCCCUCCACCACCGCCGGGAUUCCAUGAACGCGGCUUGGGCGGUGCACUUGUACCACCAGGGCAAUGCCGACGCCCUGGCCCAGCACAUGCUUCUCUACAGCGCCGCCUACGGCCGCUACCUCGUCGCCACGAACGCGCCGGCGCCGCUGGGCCACCGCGGGCGCCGCGUCGAGCAGCGCAACUACGAUGAUCAAGAGGAGGAGGCCAUCAGGUGGGAGCCCGUCGCCGUCGGGGCCGACUCCGGGAACGACGUCCUGCUCCGCAACGUCGCCGGCCGCCACCUCCGCAACGGCGCCUGGCGCUACCUCCGCGCCAACGGCAGGUACAUCCACACCGGCGCCAGCGUCGACGCCUUCGACAACUUCAGCACGAAGAUGCACUGGGUGGUGGAGCCCAUCCCCGUCAGGGCCGCCAUGCCUCUCCUUCGACCUCCGACUAGGGUCAGGGUGAGUCCGCCAUGCCCGCUUCUUGAUUCUUGUCGAAUUUGCGCGACUUGGGUUCUUGAAUGCAUCGGAAUUUACUGCAAAUCAUGUUAA